UCAAUCUGGUAUAGCAUUGAUAGAGUAUGUCUAAUGUACUGAUAGUCCUUGUGUUACGUGUUGGGGGUGCAAAACUGCACAUCCCUAGUGUCAGGACGCUAACAACCUGAUUUAUCACAGACAACUCUGAAAAGGCUUCCAGAAGAAUGAAGCAAUUAGUUCAAGCCUUAGAAAAUGGGGUUAAAAAUCCCUAUACAUGAACUUAUGUUUUGAAUUAUAAAAACAAUUUAGAAGGAAAUUACAAGCUCACCAUAUAAAACAUUUUGGAAAUAAAGGGAAAAUGACCGGAUGGGUAGGAUUUUAGCAGGUGAGGAUAAAAAGAGAAGUAGAUGAAGCAGUUUAAGCAAAAAGAGGCCUCAGGGAGGUAUGGUGCGUAUUCCGACUCUGGGCUAACCACCAUCCUGUUUCAUUUAGGUGGCAAGGCAGUGUGUUGGGAUUAAGACCCCUGUCACUCAAUUGCUGUGUGUCCUCAAGCAUGGUACUGGACCUCUCUGAGACUGCCUUAAUAGAGGACACUGAAGCCAGGGCAAGGCAUUAGUACAUGGUAGGUGACAACAUCCAUUGAAGGCCUUUGCAUAGGGAAGAGCCUUGAUUGGAACUUGGCAACUAAUUAGACAUCAGAGUCAAAAAGGAGUGUUAAGGCAGGGUCAUUGUGUGGCUGGAGGGACCAGCACUGGGUUCGUGGGUGAAGAGGAAGAGUUUAAUGUUUGAUGAGUUUGUGUCGCUUACAGGACAUCUGAGGAAAACCCCCAGCAAGCAGAUGGGACUGGGCCUGAAGUUCGAGUGGAAGGUAGGAAGAGAUGAUGGAAAUGUGGGGCCACUGGAGCCCAGCAGGACAGUUAGGAGAAUGGCCAAAGAGAAAGGGGGAAGGACGGGGCUGAGGAAGGCCCCUUACAUUUAGAAGCUGGGGUUGGGAGACAGAGGAUGGAAACAGCACCUUCAGAGGGGUCUUGCCCCCAGGGGGGGCCUCAUGCAGAGAGUGUCAAGCCCUAAGGAUCAUCCAGCAACCCCAUCACCCCCAACUCAUUUCACAGAGAGAGGCAAGUCAGGUGUGCUCAGCAUCACAGAGCAGGAAGAGGCAGGGCAGGACCAGAACCCAGAACUCAGCACUCUGCUCUUCUCACACCCACAUAUUCAGAGCCCUUGAGAGGAGUACCUCAGAGUCCUCAGGGUGAGCGUGGCCGAGGUGAGGAAAUUCUUCUUGGGUCCCUUUUCCCCAUCCUGCAAGAUGGUGCAGAUAAUGAAGCAGUUUCUGUACAAGGUCUUGCCUGAGGAAUCUUACAAAGUCGCCACUGGGAAGCUCUACGUGACUCUCACCCGGUUGACGGAUGGAGAGUGUGUUGUUGUUUCAGAGUAUACAUCCAAGGAAGAGCUCAUCGAGGCCCUGUACUGCAGCUGCUUUGUUCCUGUGUACUGCGGCCUCAUCCCUCCAACUUACCGUGGUGUGAGGUACAUUGACGGAGGCUUCACGGGCAUGCAGCCCUGCUCCUUCUGGACUGACUCCAUCACCAUCUCCACCUUCAGCGGGCAGCAGGACAUCUGCCCCCGGGAUUGCCCUGCCAUCUUCCAAGACUUCCGCAUGUUCAACUUUUCCUUCCAGUUCUCCCUGGAGAACAUCACCAGGAUGACCCAUGCCCUGUUCCCCCCAGACCUAGUGAUCCUGCACAGUUACUACUACCAAGGGUAUGAAGAUGUCGUUUUAUACUUGAGGCGGCUGAAUGCUGCUUACCUUAAUUCUCCUUCCAAGAGAGUGAUUUUCCCCCGGGUAGAAUUGUACUGCCAGAUACAACUCGCCCUUGGCAAUGAGUGCCCUGAACGCAGUCAACCAAGCCUCCAAACAGAGCGGACUAGUCUGAAAGAAUCCACACAACUUCACACACAUCCCAAAGAGGAAGGAAUGGGUGGCCAUGGUCCACCUCUGUCCCCACCUGUGCAGGCACCUGAAUCCACAUGUGAGUGGCCUGUGGAGUCACCUGUUUCACCACCUGCAUUGCCACUGGCCUCAUCACCAUCACACCCUCCAACUGACCUGCCACCUGUAUCACUCCCAGCUGUGCACUUACUACCCAGCUCAACUCCUGGGCAAUCACCUGUAUCACCAUCACAGCAGGCACAACCAACUGGGUCACCACCCAGAUCCCCACCCCUUCAGUCACUUCUGUCCCCCAAGCCAUCCCUGGGGCCUUCCACUGUGGGAGCACUUCCAGCAUUGCCCCAAUAUUCUCCUCCAUCAUCACCUACACAGCCACCUAUGGAGGAACCAGACCCUGAACAGCCUCAAGCUUCCUUUGCCUCUUCAAAUUCAAAAAGCACCGCACCUCUGGAAACCGCCAGCAAGCCUCACACAGUGGAGAGCCCUGCUGAAGAUUGCAAUUGGGUGAGCAAGGUAUUCAAGAGGAGCAAAAGACAAGUGGCACCAGAAGAGGCUUCCCAAGACAUCCAUGAUCUAAAAAAACCAGGCAGCAAAAUGCAGAAGCUGUGAGCCGAGAGAGAAAAUUUGAGUUGGAACAGGAGAGAACUUGACGCCGGUGAGACCGAGCCUUCUCCUCGCAGCUCUCAGACACCCUCCCCUCACCCCAGGCCUUCCAGGGACCGAGGUGCCACCCACUGCCAAGCCUAUCGGUCUAGUGGGUCCUGCUUCCCCCGGGCAGGAGCCAUCUGGUCUAAACACCCGCCCAGCUUCCCUGUGGUCUUUCUACUACCCUCUUCUGGACAGACAGAUGGACGUCAACACAAAUGGGCACUGAAGAGGGUGCAGCACAGCCUCCUCCCAG